CCCAUUCAAGAGGAUGAGCCAGAUCAUUUGCGUGCUUGCGUAGCGCAGGUUGCGUUCAUGAAUCGUUCGUGAGGAUUGGCGCGGUGCUUGGUCGGCAAGUUGUGCCGGAACGUAAAUUGUACGCAAAAGCGCCAUGGAAAGCGGUAGUGCGUGGACGGUCACGAAUAAUCUGCCGGACGAGUUACGUCCUCUUGCCACAGCCGAGGACUUCGCGUCUGACGAUGACGACUCUGACGAGGAUCAAAACGACUACUUGGAAGAAGAAGGCGCCGCUUCGCCAGGCCGCCCUUCGGGCAAUGCCGAAGAGGAGUCGCUCAUUGGGUCGAGCCUUGCUGAGAUGCCAACUGACCUGGAAAACUGCUUGGCCCUCAAUCGUGCCUACCGAGCAUUGCUGGAGAGCGCCAUCGGCGAGUUGGCAGAAAGGCUAGAAGAGAACAGGCAGCUGCAGAAGGAACUUCCGGCACAGCUCUCCGAGCGUUCCCUACGACCCCCAAAGCCGCGGGUGCGCAAGAACUGGUACCACUCGCUGGUGUUCCACCACCCGUACUUCAGAGACAUCAACGGCAUGCGGGCACCCAUGAACGAAGAUGAAAAGGCCAAGCGAGCCAACAAGGAGAUGGACCCGUACCUGACACCAUCUAUGCAUUGGACCAGCGAGGAAAACCGCAUGCUGGUGAAUGCAGUGAAGAGCAACCUGCUUCAGCAGAGUCUCGAGUCUCUGAUGGACCGCAAGGAGGCCCUGGCCCAGAAGAUCCUGGAGACGGAGGACGCCGACCAGAUUGCCAGCAUCACUGCUCGCAUGGAGCAGCUGGACGAGCAGGUGGCCAAGACACGUGACCUGGGCCUGGAAGAGCUGCUUGAACAAUCCACGCGCCCCAUCGACUGGCUGCGCAUUGCGGCUGCGGACAUGCGAUCACACCGGACGGCAUUUGACUGCGAGAUGAGGUGGCGCCACCUGCUGGACGUGCGCCUGAACCAGAGCCCCUGGACACCCGCAGAGGAUGAACGCUUGAAAUCCUUGGCCGCUAAAUGGAACGAGCGCAACUGGGACCAGAUUGCCCAGGAGAUGAAAAGCGGACGCAGCGCGUUCCAGUGUGCACAACACUACGCGAGCCAUCUCGUGACGCGCCACAACAUGGGCACGUUUACGGAGGAGGAGAAUCACCGACUGCAGCAGCUCAUCUCCGUCUGUACCGAGGGCGACGACAUUUCCUGGGCGCAGGUGUCACACUUUAUGGGCAGCCGGUCUAAGAAACAGGUGAUGAACCGCUACAACCAGUCCCUGCAUCCCAGCAUGCAACGUGACCGCUGGACAGCGCAGGAAGAUAUCAUGCUGCUCGUUGCUGUCAAGCUCUACGGGGACAGUAGCUGGACAAAGGUGGCACAGGACAUGCCGUGGCGUACGGCUAAUGCAGCGCUGACGCGCUACCGGCGGUUGUGCGAGACCUUGCGCUCCAAGCAGAAAACAAUGGCCGACCUGGAGCGCUCCCUGCCGGCCCCCGUGGCUCCCGUUAAUGCGGCUCGAUGUGCCCGCUUGAAGGGCGUGGACAAGCAGCUGGACCUGUACCGGCGCACCAGCCGCCUGCUGAACACCCAGACCAUGAAGCGUGCCGCCCUGAUGCUGGUCAAGGGCCGGGACGAGAGCCUAGAUCGGGAGAUGUGCCUGAGGCUGUACCACAAGAUGUUGCGGCUUCUUCAGCGCAACCAUGCACCGAGAAAUUUGCAGAUGCAGGGCCGUUUGUUGAAUAAGGCUAUUUCCCAGUAUGCGCAGCCCCUGCAUCGACCAAUGGUGCCCAACCUGGCUGCCUACGAGCGCCAGGAGUGGCAUGCUGUGGCCAAUGUGCUGCACGACUUGCACGGCUUGCCUAGGCCACCUCCAAAUCCUGAUGUUGAGGAAGUGGGCACCGUACCCGUCUUUGAGGAGUUCUUCUCCAAGGAGGUGCUUGACGUGCCGGAGGGAUUCCAGUCUAACGAUAGCAGUCUUGUGCUACCUCUGCUGCCACCCAAUGAGGUAGGAGCUGGUAAAGACAGGCUUUCUGAUGACACAAAAUCUUCAUGCAAAUCACACGAGCAUAAGACAUGGUUACAGUUGGCUUGGCUCGACUGCUCAGCUAGAUCCCAGAAGACCACGGUACCUACCUUCGGGAAGCUCUCGGAUCGUUUUGUCAACGGAAACCUUACCGAAUCCUUGUCAGCCUUGCAAGACGACAACUCCUUUCCUGAACUCUCCGCAGCUCUCGAUGCCAACAGCAUCGAGGACAUUCGCUGCACCGAGUGCACCUCGCGAAGCCUCCUGGAGCUCUCGUCCAUCGCCGCGAGGGCUUCGCAGGAGUCCUGUUUUCGUUGCAGCGAGCUACGAGCAACGCGAAAGAAUUUCGAGGUUCUGCAGGCACGUUUCGUUUCGUACUUUUUCUGGCCUGCCCUCUUGGACACUGUGAAUGUUGCCGAGAUGGUGGAGCUCCCUUCAGGUACGUACGAGAAAGGCCCCAAGAAAUAUCGCAAGCGGAGCAGGAUCAAGAGACCAUGGGUGAAGGAGAUGUGGAAGGAGCGCAAGCGACUGGCUUCCGCGGCAGCUGUGGCUGGUGCUGCGGCAGAGGGCAUCGAUGCUCCGCAAGAGGACUGUGACGGGGGACCCUCUGGCACUUCAGCCAUGCUCGCUUGAGUGCAUGUGCUCUUUCAAGGACAAAAACAUUGCGGUUGUGUCAUAAGACUGUCACUCACUGAUUGAAUCUGAGUAAUAUCAUUUCAAGCACAGAAAUGUUGCC